CCGGUCUCCGGCCUCCAUCCUACCCGCCGUGCUAUAUAAUCCCCACCCGGUUGUCCUCUGUCCGGUUUCCUCUCCCGUUCCCCUCUUGCCGCGGCGGUGUGCCCCAAUCGGCCAAUCCUCCUAUUCUCCCCCUCACCUCCUCAACCCUACUCCGACAACAGCGGGCGCUGGGAGCAAACGAAAACUAAAACGAGUGAGAUCGCGGCGCCCGAUUCUGUCGCGGUCGCGCGGGUGGCCGGAUUGGAUUGGAUCCUCGGACCCCCGCGCGCGCGCGGAGGGCAAUUCGGGCACAGAUCCCCGCGAUUCCGUCGCCGGAGGCGGGCAUGAGAGGCCGGAGGGCAUGCCUGUGGUGGUUCCUGGCGCAGGACGAGUGAGCCGGUGGCGGCGGGUGGAGGAGGACCUGUUGCUUUGAGCCUGAGAGGUGCAGUCGUCAAGGAGGAGGAAGAGGCGGCGGCGGCGGCGGCGGCGGCGGCGGCGGGGGUGGGUAGGUGAUCCGAGGCCCGAGGCGGCCGUGCCAUGUCUCGCUGCUUCCCGUUUCCGCCACCAGGAUAUGCCAAGACCGCGCGCCCCGACGGCCAGCUAGCCUCGCACCUGCAGCAGCAGCAGCAGCUUGACAAGGAGAAACAAAAGGAGAAGAAGCAUAAGAAGGACAAGAAGGACAAAGUUAGAAAAGAAGGUAAAGAAAAGAAGGACAAGGACAGGAGUAAGGAUAAGCACAAAGAUAAGAAAGACCGAAAAGAAAAACACAGAGACAAGAAAAAAGACAAGAGCAAAGAUAAAAGCAGGGAUUCAGGUGAAGGAAUUGAAAGAAAUGACGAGGCUCACCAUGGUCAGAAGGUUGGAGAGAGCAGCAGGAGAUCCGAAGAAAUUAAGGAUCUUAAAUUCAGGGAGGACUUGGUCAGAGACGUACAGGAUGAGAAAGGGGCGGCGAGUCGACCUAGUGAAAAUUAUGGUGUUUCAAAUGAUCGAAAUCGCAAAGGCUUCAGUGCUUCACCCGCGAUGGAGACUGAAAGGUUUGCGCUUAAUAAAGUGCAUAUUCAGUCUAGUAAUGCUCCAAGGAAAAAUGAGGGACUGGUACAACAGAGCAUCAGUGCCAAUCGACAAAAGAAUGGGACAUCAAUACGGCAUUCUGAAAGCCUCACCACUUUUGCUCAAAGAACUGUGGGUGGCUUUCCACCAGCACCUUCAACGGAGGAAAAAUUCAAAGCUGCAAGGCCUUUAUCCAAUACUGAAGCUGCACCCAGAAAAGAGGGGAUUGGACAGCGAAUCAGUAACAUUAGCAUAUUGGUUCCAAAGAGAACUGAAAACACAAACAGAGAUGUUGCGAAGAAAGAAGUUGGGACCUCCUCUCCAUUGCCUCCAAAUCCUGCUAAUGCUAUGCAUAAGGGAAAUGACAAGGUUGGUAGGCCAAUGGAGAACACACAAGUACCCAUGCAGAGAUUUGGCAGCCCAUCGAUGUCAACUGCAGCAGUGGGGAUGGACAGAGGAACACCUAGGUCAUCCAUCCCAAGCCCGAGCAUUACAAUCCGGAGACCGAAUGGAAUUGUACGGCCGCCUAAAAACAUUUCUGUCUCUUCUAAGAAACCUGAUGCAGGAGACGUUUCACCUGCUAUUGGUAAGGAAAAGGAACAAGGUGGAAGGUUGCUGCAAGCAAAUAUUUCAACUGAUCAGAAACUGGUUAUGUCAAAACCACCAGCUGUGGAGAAAGCUGCACACGGAAGUGCUGAAAGGACGGAGAAGGUCAGCAGAGAUGGGGUGCCUGAUGUUGCCAAGAAAGAGGACAAAAAGAGUGACCGGCAUGAGAAAAAGAAAAGGAAAGAGAAAGAUAAACACAAAGAGAGGAAAAAGGAGAAAGAGGCAAAGAAGGAGAAAGAGAAGCAUAAUUACAAGGAGCAUGAUAAGACAAGAGAGAACAAUAUAAGUUAUCCGGUAGAUAGUCUUAACUUGAAGCCCUCGGCCCCUCCUGUAGCCCCACCAGUUGAUGGUGGAAAAUCUGUUGUGCCCGAUGAGAACCUGAAGAAGCGAAAGAAUCAUGAAACGAAUGGUUACCUACAAAACCAUCUUGAAAUGCGGCCUACAAAGUUGCCGAGACCAGCCCUCCCCAUCAAUCUUGUGGAGAAUGGUACAGCAUCUCAUGUAGCCGCGCCACUCUCUUCUGUGAAGCCAGAAGCCAUUAUCAAUAAUAUUGAAAAGGCUGAAAGGCUGCACAAGGAAGAGAAGAUGAAUGGCAACCAACAGGCUGAGCGAGCUCCAGUCGAUCCGGUGGCUGCCUAUGAGAAUGGCAUAACUUCUAGGAAGUCGCCUCACCCCGACUGCAAGUAUCUUAGCCAGAUAUACAGCGUUCCUGAAGCACCUCAAAUGAUGGAAUUGCCUGGGCAGGAAGGUGAGGACUGGCUGUUCGACCGAGGUGGCACCAAAUCAAGGAAGCCCAGUUCAGCGGCUGAGGCUGAUGAAGCCCCCCAAGUGUGGGCUCAGGCUCUGAAAAUUGACCAAGCUGAUGUCAUUGCUUUACCAUACGUGGUACCCUUUUAGGCCAUGUUCGUUUGAUCCCAAAACCAUAGGGAUUGAGGGGGAUUGGAAAGGAUUGGAGAGGACUUUGACUUGUAGGGGAUUUAAUCCCCCUCAAUCCCUAUGGAUGAGCACAAAACGAACAUGACCUUAGCCGAGUGACAAAGUAGCUGAGAAACUGAGCAACACCCGCUCAGCAUGUGGGGAUGUUGCUCCCAACUCUGUCUCCAUAGGCUGGGGCGUGGCCCAGCUGAGCUGAGGCUGAGGCUGAGGCUGCCAGGAGGUUGGAAUCUGUAACGGAGUGGAUAGGUGUUAUCGCUGCACAAUUUUGAUCCCUAAGGUGUAAUAGCAUUUUGAAUACCGAAGUGUACAUUAGAGAAGAGCGGGUGCGGUGGGGGAGAGGACAGGAGAGGAGAGGGAAGACUUGAGAUUCUUCAUUUAUACUAGUAGUCGGAUGGAUUUGAGCUGCUGCUGGCACCUGACCCUCCUCCUCCUCACCUUCCCUGUGUAUAUAACAAACUCUAGCUAGCUUACAUAGAUGCUGAUGUGGCGGUUGAGGUUUGUAAUUUUAUUCUAUCCAACGGCGGCGUUGAUGUUGAGGUUCUGUUCUCUCAUAGAUAUAUAGUGUCGUGUCACAUUGCUGAGUUGUUUUGUUUAUCAAACUGCUUGCUGAGUUUUGAACUACCAAUAAUAACACCACCAUUUGACA